AUGCCGCGGUCGAAGACCAAACGUCCGCGCACCCCAUCUCCUCCCGCUGACCGUCGCGCGCCCGCCUCGACGACCCCUUCUCCCCAGCGCGCGAAGAAGCUCAAGCUUCUCGCCGCCCACACCCUCGAGUCCCCCUUCCCCGACUUCCACCGCCCCACCCCCCUCGAGGCCGCGGACGUGCUCGCCAUCCUCUCGCGCGCCCACCCAGACGUCGCCGCGCGCCGCCGCGCGCCCUCGGCCCGCAGCAACGCCGCGUUCACCUGCGGCAACGUCCCGGACGUGCUCGAGAGCCUCGUCGGCACCGUCCUCAGCCAGAACACGUCCUCGCGCAACGCUGCCGCUGCCAAGGACGGGCUCGACGCCGCGUUCGGGCGCAACGACUUCGCCGCCAUCGCCGCGGCCCCGCGCAAGGCCGUCGUCGCCGCGAUCCGCUCCGGCGGGCUCGCGAACAAGAAGGCGGGCGUCGUCCAGAACCUGCUGCGCGAGGUCCACGCGCGGCACGGGGUGUACUCGCUGCAGCACCUUACCGCGGACGUCGGGUUCACGGACGAUGCGGCGAUGGAGGAGCUCGUCUCGUACGACGGCGUCGGCCCCAAGACGGCAUCGUGCGUGCUCCUUUUCUGCCUCGGUCGCGCGUCGUUCCCCGUCGACACGCACGUCUUCCGCUUGUCUCGACUGCUGCAGUGGGUUCCUCCGAAGUCGGACCGUGUUACUGCACAGGCCCAUUUGGACCUCACUAUCCCAGACGACCUAAAGUACGGGCUCCAUCAGCUGAUGUUCACUCACGGAAAGCGAUGCAAAGGCUGCAAAGGACCAGGCAUGCGCGACGAAUGUGUACUGAAAGAUUGGCUUCGUGAGCAGAAGGGCGUGAAGGAAGAAGAACAGGAGUUGUUAUUGCGCAAAGCGGAAGACGAGGACGAGGAGACCGUGCUUCCAACAUAA